CAUACUACCCCAAAAUAUCAAACAUUUCUUCAUCCAAUUCCUCCCUCCACAAUGAUAAAAAUUGGCUACACUCUGCUAAACCAUGUCAAACCAAGGGAAGGGACAGCUGAACCGACCAUCUUCUUCGUACCUAGGUUUUCUCUCUUCCUCAUCGGCCACCAAUGGAGACGAAGACUACCAAAAUCGCGAGGACAGAUGAAGGCAACUCCCCGGCCGACAUGCUUAGCUCCCUGCCGGACGAAAUCCUGACCGAUAUCCUAUCUUUCCUGCCAACCAAGUACGCCGUCGGCACCGCCGCCCUAAGCCGACGGUGGAAGGAUCUCGGUGCCAACGUUUCCAACAUCGACUUCGACAAUAAUUUGGUGUACAAGCCUCUCACGAAGCAGCUCGCCUGCGAGGAGAUGCAGUCGGAUCAAGCGCUGGAACUGUUUCUCAAGGGAAUCAAUUUCCUGCAGCCCCCCGAGAGGAUGAAAAGAUAUCUCGCAGCGAUGGCGUCUCGGUACAGAUCACUCGUUACGUCCAUACUCUCGCACAUUCAAUACCUCAGCUACUGGGAUUUCUCCCUCUUCGUCGACAAUGUCCUGCUACAGCACCGGAAUCUCCACCGCGUGAGGCGCUUCCGCUUGCAUUACGACUGCAGGAAGCCGUUCGACAGGAGGUUGAAGCCGGAUCUGUGGUUCUAUUGGUUUGAGAAGGCAGUCACGUCGUCACGGUCCGAGCUCGAGCAGCUCGAUGUCAAAAUCGAGGGCAAAAUUGAUGAGCUCCCCUCUGUGUCAAGAUUCUGCAGCUUGUGAGAGUGAAGACUGGACUGCGAGUCGUUGAGCAGGCUGCUCUCUGCCUGCCCUGUUUUGGAGACUGCUCACCUGGAGAAUUGCUGCUUUGGUGGCUUAGAAGUCAGCACAGGCAUGAAUGAGAAUUAUGAUGAUGAGGAUGAGAAUGAUGAUGUUGAGAAUGGGAAUGAGAAUGAGAAUGA